AUGGCAGAUCCAGAUCUAUUGGAAUCCGAUACAUUGAGAUUCCCAUUGGCCAAGGGGCGAGAGUCUGAUGAUUCUGAUUAUUCAAUUGGUUGGCUGGAGCCUCAUGGACCAGGAUUCCAGAGUGGUGAGGACACUGAUGGCAGCUUUGCUGUUCUAGUCCCAUGUUAUGGUCAUGCUAAGGGUAACCAGCUUCAAGACUCCGUGCAGAGAACAAUUGGUGCAGUUGUCAACAUCCCUGAUGGUUUUUCUCAAGGUAGCAAUACGUAUAUAGAACAAUGGAUCUCUUCACUGCGUGAUGUCUGA